UUUUUUAUGGAAUAGCUGUAGCUUUUGAGCUGACCAAAUAAUUCUCCAUUUUCUAAUUAAACUAUACAAAAGAAUUACCAUUGUGAAUGAACAGAUUACUAAUUGUGACUCCAAGCUUUGCUAACGAAGAAGAAGUUAAGCGAGGCGCUAGCUUUUGCAGUUUUUUGUCAAUUGCUAAUAAAUACUUUUCUAAAAUUAUGACUUUUUGCCAGUGUUGUAGUCAAUAAUGAAUUCGAGUGAUGGGCAAAUCCUUGAAGAUUUCGAAGUCGUUGAGGACAUAAGGGAAGAUGACUCAGAGGAAAGUCUGCAAGUGGACGAUGUUCAGUGCGGACUGAUUUUUUACAGCGAAACAACGCGCGUAUUAAAAUUUUUUUGCAUAUAUUGUGAAAAAGUAACCGAUAAUAUUAACUAUUUUUGCCAACAUUUAAGUGAACACAUCAACGAUGACAGCAAGGAGAGCCAGCAAGAAGAAAUCAAUGCCAACGUCCUGCCUGAGAAAUCUAUUGAUGAUGUUGAGCUAAUGGAAACAGAUUCCAAAGCGGUAGUUUACGAACCAAAUGCAAAUCAGUGCGUUCUCCCCUGCGAUUUGGCUGAUUUUGAUGAAUCAAAAAUUGUUGUGGAAGAACUGGAUGAAGCGGAAGAAAUUGCAGCAGAAGUAGAAGCUGAAAUGCGUGAUGAAUUCGAGGGCGAUCAUGUAUUUCCUAAAAAAGAAAAUAGUUGCUCAGAGCAAUACUUCAGUUACCUACAAACAAAUGAUUACGGAACAGAAAAGAAAUUAAAAUCCGAACACAGAGCGGAGAUCUCUACAAUGGAUUUGAAUAGAACUGAAGCUACCCAUGACACACAGUGGAAAACCUCCAGUAAAAAGAAGAAACGUGUAACUACAGUAAAAGUUAUUGCGCUAAAAAAUCGGGUUGCAGAACUCUAUGAACGCAUUAAACUAGAGGAGGAACGGCGUUCUCGCCUCAGUGGCACAAAUCGUGAAUCAUCUAAUGGAGACAAUGCAGAGAGUGUAGAACAAGAUUGUACGAUUGGUGCAGAAGCUCACACUUCGUUGCUACCAGAAUCAGAGCCGGUAAGACAAAUAAUUGGCGAAACUGUCAUAACCCUUCUGCCACCAACGCUUCCUAAAGUCGACUUAGCGAAAUUUGCGGGCACCACAUCGCCCCUACAAACUCAAAUGAAUAAACGUGAGAGCCCUGUUGAUAAAACUACUUGUCCGGCUUGCGGUAGAAAAUUCCGAAGUGCUUUUAGUCUUACAAUUCAUAAAAGAACGCAUUACUUGGAGUCGGAUAGUAAUAUUAAGUUGGCACACAAGUGCUCCGAUUGUGAUCAACUAUUUAAUAAAAUUCUCGAUUUAAAAGACCACAUACAACAAGUGCACUAUCCAGAGGGAUUUAUCUGCAAAAUAUGUAAUAGGAAACUUACAAGUCUUACGCUACUUGAGACCCACAUGAGAAAAGUACAUCUAUCAAGGCCAUUCAAUUGCGAAAUUUGUCGGAAAAAUUUCGACACGCCAGAUCGUUUCGAGGAACAUGUUAAGGCGCAUGUAUCUGGCCAGCCUUACCGGUGUCACAUAUGUGGUCGCAAAUACAGUACGGAAUGCAUACUAAAACAACAUUUACGAAGACACAAGGAGCAAAUACCCCAAUGCUGUGUCGUAUGUGGUAAGAUGACAUUACGUAUAACACAACAUAUGAAAAUACAUGCGCCUCGGCCAAAAAGGGUGCUAAGUUGUAAAGCAUGCGGUAAAGUUUUCAAUUUUAGCUCAGGCUUAAGUCACCACUACAAAGUAAUGCACAAGUUUCCAAAGGCAACUUCAAAAUUAAAACGAGAUCGUCUUGGUCAAAUGUCAAGAAGUCAUGAAGAAGUUAAGCCGGAGACACUAGAGAGUUCCGUGGAAGCACUUGAGGAUGUCCGAAUUGUAGAUAAAAAGGAUACUAAUGAGGAGAUCAAUCGAAAAGAGGAAGAAGCGAAGAGGGUCAUUGUUGAACUUAUACAAAAUGCAACAUACACAUCAUUUUUCCCUGAAAGUUUUAACAGUUCUAUGGACUCUGGCCCACCCAUAGCUCGAGAAGAAACGAUAUCAGCUGUAAAUAGCAUAGUAAAUGAAGAAAAUUCAUGAAAUCAGCUUUGUAUAAGGGUUUACUUUAGUUUUUUAUGUAUAUUUGUUAAUAGAAUGAUAUGGCAAA